AUGACUCCCCCACCACCUCCAACCCUGCAAAUCCGCAGCAACGAGAGCAGCAGCGCCAAGGGCCGCAGCCUCCACGCAACGCGGCCCUUCCGCCCCGGCCAAACCAUCCACGCCUUCGCCGCCCCGCGCCUCGCCCUCGCCUCGACGACGCACCUCGCCCGCGUGUGCAGCCACUGCCUGCGGCCCGGCGACCCGCGCGCCUGCUCGCGCUGCCGCGCCGCCUUCUACUGCGACCCGGCCUGCCAGGCCGCCGCCUGGGCCGCCGUCCACGCCCGCGAGUGCAAGGCCCUGCGCCGCCGCCGCCAGGGGUCCGACAGGCCCGCUGCCCUGCUGCCGACCCCGGUGCGCGCCCUCGUCCAGGCUCUGCUGGUUGACGAGACGGCGCGUGCGCUUGCUCCGCUCGAGGGCCAUGUGCCGCGCCGGCGCAACCAAGGCCGGGGCCAUCUGGGUCUUGACGGCGGCGGCGGUUGGCAGGAUCUGCAGAUGAUGGCCAUGGCUGGCUGUGCGUUUGCCGGCAUGGAAGGGACUGAGGAUGAGGUGACGAGGGCGGUUGACCUGCUUUGCAAGAUUCAGACAAACGCCUUUCACAGGUACGACGCGGACCUCGGCCAGGUUGGAAUCUUCCUGGAGCCCACGCUCGCCAUGGCCAAUCACUCCUGCGUCCCCAACGCUCUUGUCCAGUUCAUCGGGCGCAAGGGCAUCUUGACGGCCGAGCGGCCCAUCGAGGCCGGCGACGAGGUCGAAAUCUCCUAUACAGACUACACAUAUCCUCUCACCAAGCGACAACAAGCGCUUGCCUCCUACUGCUUCGAGUGCCGCUGUCCCCGCUGCAAAGACGACCUCAACGUCUAUCAGGUCGGCGCCGCCAGCCCUCGCAAUAUCAUCCCCGACGGCCUCAGUCUGGUCCCCGAUCCAUUCUCACGGCUACGCAAUCAUCCAGCCGUCAACGAUGCUGGCAAGCAAGUUCUGGUCAAGGCCCAUGGCGAGUCGGCCACCAUGUCGACAGAGCGCCGGACCAUGCCUCAAGACUCGCUUCACGAGCGCCAUGAGAUGCUGCUGGCCCAGUAUCGCGACUGUGCGGGCCUCGUAGCCGCGGAGAUGUGGGCCGUGACCCCCGUGCCCCAGCUGCUGACGGAGAUCUCCAUCUACUACGCCGAGCGAGGCGACUUUGCCUUUGCGCUGGCAGUUGCGUGCUUUGUCGCAACAGCAUGUGAUCCAUAUCGAUACGCGGCAUACUUCCACCCGGUCAGGGCCAAGAAUGUGCUCAUGAUCGCCAAGCUCCUCGCCAACACGGCCGAGGGAACGACUGCGCUCAACCAAGCCGUCGAGUCCAUCACUACCCGCGCCGACCUGGACCAAAAGAUUCGCGAGACGCUUCGCGACAUCGAUCAGGUCUCGCUGUGUCAGAUGCUGCUGAUCAUGGUCUUGCGCUCGGCUCCGGCCGGCCACGCUGAUGGAUGGGAAGUCGCCGUGGCAGCGCGAGAGAUGCUGCAGGACAUCGAGCAGCUGCCAGGUCGAGACAAGGAGCUUCCCCUCAUUACAGCCUGGAUGCAGGACCCGUCGGACGAGCAAUGCCGAGCCUUCUUCGACUACGCUGUUGUUCAACAGGUGGACGCCUUGGCCAGUCUAGGACGUGCAGUGCUUCAGGUCAAGUUUGGCACCGGGGCCUGA